CUGGCUGUGACUGCUCGAUUUAUCCCGGAGGUGCUCAGACAGCAUGGCAGUGCAGCUAGAACCUCCAGAAUCUUCGCUGACUACGUCCGGCAGCAUAUCAUGCAAUACAGUGCACAAACUAUGGAUCUCUAUUCAUGCCAGGCACUGGUCAUGCUAUGUCUCUAUGACUGGGGCGAGGGCGAGGGCUCCCGUGCGUGGAUCUACAACGGGAUGGCUUCUCGCAUUGCGCAUGGAGUCCAUGCGGCGAAUCAAACUUCCUCGGAAAAGGAUGUUUCAGCGGCGCAGACAUUUCGCCUGGAGGAAGCGCGUCGAACCGUUUGGGCCUGCUACUUGGUGGAUGCUAUGAUCGGGUGUGGAAAGUGUCAUGCUUCCAGUCAUUCGAUGAGUGUCAGUGAAAUCCCUUUACCGUUGGGGGAAGAUGACUUCGCAUUUGAGGGCAGGCCAGUGGUCACACGUGAGCUACUUCUGAAUAUAUGGGACCCCGAAGAAGAGGACUAUCGCUUCCAGGCAUUCUCUAUAGACCGGUUGGGGUGCGACAGUUUCCUGCUUCUGAUAAUUCAAGGCUUCUCUAUAUGGCACAGAAUCUCGGCCUGGGUGUCGGCGGGUGGCCGCAAGCGCGACUCGCUUGCUUCCAAGGAACCGCCAUGGAAGAGCGACUCUUUCGCUGCGCGCAGCUUAGCCGCUUUAAAUGACUGGCGUGGGUCACAGCAUCCGCAAUUGGUGUACUCGGGCGCCGGGGUGAACUUUCGUGUGUACAUAUCCCGUGGGGAGGGGGAGCGCUUCGCCAUCCUGAACCUCAUCUACUAUCUAAGUGUCAUCUUUCUGCAUCGGGAAUAUCUUCCGUUUGCGCUGCCGAUCAUCAACCGCGCGGCCACGGACCCUGGUAGCCCGGCACUGCUCUCAGAGGACGCCCCAGACGGAUGGUGGGAAAGAUGCUACCAGACCACGUCUGCCGCUGCGGCAAAUAUCAUCACGAUCAUGCAGGAGCUCGAGCAGCGUGGUAUCGAAUUCCAAACCCCCUUCACCUGCUUCUGUGUCUUUAGCGCCGCGGCCUGGAUACUCUGCACGACGCAGGACGCGACUCAAGGGACACGCAUCGAGAAGGCGCCGGACGGGAAGUCUGUGUCCGACCAGCUGGUCUGGGCCUAUGGCUGGCUCGGCCGUGCCUGCAAGGUCUGGGGCCUAGCCACGGGCUGGUAUCGGACUUUGCUGACGCUGUGUCAACUCUACCGCCAGCUCAGCCUGGAC